AAUUCUAGAGACAAAACACAAAAGGCUCAAGUUCAAUUUUUAAAAAUUUGAAUGAAAGCUCAAGUUCUUUUUAUGAACCAUUAAAAAAAUAAAAAUUCACCUAAAUUUUAUUCCGUACUAAAAUUUUCUCUCUCCUCUCUCUUUCUCUUUCUAAGCUAAACUCAAACUUUGUGACGCAUAUGAAAAUUAGUUUCAAUUAACCCCAAAUUUCAAUUUCCAUAAUUUCUCAACGAAAUAAAGUGUCGAAAAUCACAUUUUAAUUAUUCAUUUUUCAAAAAUAAUUAUUCAUGAUUCGUAUCUCACUGAAUCUACUAUGUUUGUCACUAUAAUUAUGUCGAAGGGUAGAUUUCUAUUUCUGAAGAAGAGUGUAGAUUUCUAGGGUUUGUUUUUUUUCUGGGGUUGGUUGAUUUCUUGUUGGAGGAGAGAGAAUUUGGUAAAUCGAUUUCGAAAAUGCCGGCAGCUCAGAAAUCGAAGCCGGAAAGAGUGAAUUCCGGGAAGAAGCAAGAACAACAACCGCCGCAACAACAACCGCAGCUCCGUCGUGAUCCUUAUGAAGUUCUCGGCGUUUCUCUAAACUCCACCGAUCAAGAAAUCAAAUCCGCUUAUCGCAAAUUAGCUCUUAAGUAUCAUCCUGACAAGAAUGCAAAUGAUCCUAAGGCUGCGGAUAUGUUCCAAGAGGUCACAUUCUCUUACAACAUACUAUCCGAUCCUGAGAAAAGACGCCAGUAUGACACAGCUGGUUUUGAGGCUGUGGAAUCUGAAAAUCAAGAACUUGAGCUUGAUCUUUCAAGUUUGGGAACUGUAAAUACAAUGUUUGCGGCACUAUUUAGCAAACUUGGUGUGCCCAUCAAGACCACAGUCUCUGCCACAGUGUUAGAAGAAGCGUUAAAUGGCAGGGUACCUGUCUCACCUCUUCCACUAGGCCAACCUUUAUUUAGAAAGGUAGAAAAACAGUCUGCUCAUUUUUAUUCCGUCUCAAUAACUGAAGAAGAGGCACAAGGUGGACUUGUCUGCCGUGUGCAAUCAUCUGAUAAAAGCAAAUUUAAGCUACUGUAUUUUGAACAAGAAGAAAAUGGAGGCUUAAGUCUUGCUCUACAGGAAGACAGCACCAAGAGCAGAAAGGUCACAUCUGCUGGAAUGUAUUUUCUUGGUUUCCCUGUUUAUCGAUUAGAUCGUUCUGCUAGUUCGGUGGCAGCUGCAAAAGAUCCAGAUGCCGCCUUUUUUAAGAAGCUGGAUGGAUUUCAACCGUGUGAAGUGAUUGAAUUGAAAGCUGGAACACAUGUAUUUGCAGUUUAUGGUGAUAACUUUUUCAAAAGCAUGAGCUACACAAUUGAAGCUCUCUGUGCUUCACCUUUUACAAAAGAGAAGGGUGAGCUUAGAGAAGUGGAAGCUCAUUUGUUAACUAAAAGGGCAGAACUCUCGAAGUUUGAGAGUGAAUACAGAGAAGUUCUUACUCAAUUUACUGAGAUGACAAAUAGAUACGCAAAAGAAAUGCAAACGAUUGAUGACCUUCUAAAACAGCGAAAUGAAAUACAUGCCUCAUAUACAGUUGCUCCUCCGAUGAAGCGUAGUUCAAGUAAAACCAAAAGGAGUUCAGCUAAAGAGUCCAAAGAAGAAGGUUACUCAAGCUCAAGAGAAAGGAAGCCUGUUAGGGAAAGGCUGAAGAAGAAAAAAUGGUUUAAUAUACACUUAAAGGCCGAUAAGAGGAAGUCAUGCUGAGUGCAGUAAGAUGAUGCCAUAUUAUAUCUUAUUUAUCUCAGAGUUCGGGAUUCUUAUAAUACGGAUGGGGAGUGAUGAGAAUCUUUAAUCCAGCUGCUUGGAUUAAAAUGGAGAAACCAUGUCGAUGACUGCAAUUUUGUGCAAAAUUUCAGGAUAUGGGGCAAGCAUAUCUUGGAUUCAGAUGCAUCAGGCUGUUCUCUUUCAUGCAGUUGCCGAUACGGCUACAUAUUUGUUUGGUAAUUCUCCUGUAAAGCAUUAGUCAUUCAUUUUUAGUGUAAUAUUCAUUCAUGUAGUUUCCUUUUCCUUUUUUAUACACUACUUUUUUCAUGUAUUCCGAGCAUCAGCUUCUAUAAAAUGCAUGAUUUUAUUCAUUACUUGUUUUGCUGAUGUUGAUACAACUUUUUAGUGGUUAACAGUAGUAAAUGUGGGGGUAUAUUGCUUGAACUUUAUUAAAAUUUUAGAACGUUUCUGUUGGAUUGUAUUGACAAUCUCAUAUUUCAAGUUAA